GGCUGGCUAUCGCUCCAAAUCGUGGAGUCUGGCAUUGUAAGCGACUCCUCGGAGUUCUGGAUAGACGCCAGGUACAAUGAGACGGCAGAAAUAUGGUACUGGGCAAGCAACGGACAUGUCGUCGACCUGAACUACAUUCCAGAAGACGCGCGUCCGAGGGAAGGCGACUUCGGGGUGCUUACGACGGACUCGACUCUACUCGGUCACGAUGAGUCUGAUCAGUACCACUUCAUCUGCCAUCGUCUUAUCAACGAGCCAAUGUUUUGUGACGCCACUGAAGGCUGGCACAUGCACGACAAUCGCUGUUACUCAGUAUCAGACAUUCGCGAUUCUUGGCUGAACGCUGAGUUGAUGUGCCAGCAAAUCAGCGGCGACUUGGUCACCAUCAACGACGAUCAGGAACAGUUCUUCAUUUUAGAUGAAGCUCUCAAGCACCACGACAACGUCUGGAUCGGAAUGACAGAAAUAGGCCAUGCUGGACAAUUUUAUUGGAUUGGCGACAACAGCACGGAAUACACCAACUGGGCUCAAAAUAAAAGCAUGCCGCAAUCCAUGGGCGGAACAGCUAGUGCAGUGGUCGAUGCCGAAGAUGCAAGUGGCCAAUGGUUGACAGAGAAUGCAGUUAACGACCAUAUUUUCGUUUGUGAACGCCCAACAGGAGCCUGCGUUGCGGGCUGGGAGGAGUUUGGAGAUUCUUGUUAUUACUUCAACCGCCUCGACGUGGACGUCGUCACGUGGUUGACGGCCCACGAGCUCUGCCAGGGAAUCGGCACGCACCUUCUCGUCGUGGAUUCCCAAGAGGAAGAUGAUUUUAUUCGCGGCAAAAUAUCUGAAGGAGAACAAUUGUGGAUUGGAUUGUACUUUAAGCAAAACAAUACCGCGUUCAAGUGGGUGGAUGGUUCGUUGUACUCCAAUACGAUAAAUAGCCUCGUAACCGACACAACAUUCUUCCUCUUCUCGUGGUCAGGAGCCUGCGUUGCGGGCUGGGAGGAGUUUGGAGAUUCUUGUUAUUACUUCAACCGCCUCGACGUGGACGUCGUCACGUGGUUGACGGCCCACGAGCUCUGCCAGGGAAUCGGCACGCACCUUCUCGUCGUGGAUUCCCAAGAGGAAGAUGAUUUUAUUCGCGGCAAAAUAUCUGAAGGAGAACAAUUGUGGAUUGGAUUGUACUUUAAGCAAAACAAUACCGCGUUCAAGUGGGUGGAUGGUUCGUUGUACUCCAACAACAUCACUCACAUGUCGCAACAAGAUGAGGAUGACGUCAUCGCCGAGGGUGAAUCCAAGUGCGUCGCAGCUCAAAUCGAUACCUCUACGGAAGUUAAUGAGGAGUCCUGGGACCCGUUGACAUGCACGGAGACUCACAACUACAUUUGUGAAGUUGCUGCCGGGACGCCGGUCUACAUCCACGUUCCUCCUCUGGAACAGUACUGCCCAGAUGGCUGGGUUUUGGAUCAAGACUUUUGCUACCUUGUAUCCAGCAAUGAGAUGACUUGGAGCUCCGCUGAAUCUUUCUGCCAGACUGCGGGAGGACAUCUUGCUUCAAUUAAUUCUUGGAUAGAGCAAGACACCGUCCACAAUCAUCUGGACGACACCAGCUGGAUUGGUCUGAAUGAUCGUCGUGUAGAUGGAGUGUUUGAAUGGUCCGACGGCAAUGCUGUCGUCAUUCAAAACUGGAACAUGGGAGAGCCAUCCGGCGGAGAUGGAAAUUGUGUCGAAAUGAAAAUUGAGGAAGGAUUUUGGAACGACAUGACGUGCUCAGAAGCUCAACCGUUUGUGUGUAAACGUGGCUACUCGACGACUCCCCUCGGUCCGGUCACUACCACCACUCCAGCUCCAGACUCUGGCUCGUGUGGCGAGGGGUGGGAGGAAGACUCGACCUCUGGCAUCUGCUACUUGUUCGUGAAUGAACUUCUAGCACAGGCCGAUGCUAGGCUGCGCUGUCAGGAAAUGCCCUACAGCGAAGGCCAGUCCGUCCCAGACCUUACUUCUCUGUCCAAUGAAGACGAGCAGCUCUUCGUUGAAGGAAUGGUAGCUCGGGCACACGUACAAGACCAUGGUGUGUACAUUGGGCUCAAGAACGAUUACUCUUCCCUCUACUGGACUGAUGGAGAGCCUGUGACAAUCCUUAAUUACGCCGACGGUGAACCCAAUGGAUAUUGCUACGAUUCUUGCACAGGUAAAUGA